CAUAAGGAAAUCGAAGAUAAAAAAGACACUGAAUUCACCCAACAACUGCAAGAAGUGGAAACCUACAACCAAAACUUGCCCCAAGAAGUUAGAUAUCCUAAAUAUGAAAUUCAUCCCCAAGCUAUUUACACUAGUCGCUUAAUAAAUACUCAGCAAAUCACUCAAUUAUUAAAGUGUGGUUCGCAAGACUGA